CAGCGGCUGGCACAGGCAUACAGCUCAGGGCCUAGUUCGCCUGGCCCUUGCCGCGUGGCUCGACAUAUUCGCUUAUUUUAUAUACAAUGCCCCUUGACGAUGACGCCUACAUGGGAGCACGUGGCGCGCUCCCCAUUCCCGAUGACACUACAGUCGGUGAUCUAGACCAGGAGCCCGAAACCGGCGAGCAGUACAUGCUGCGCGUCCGCCUAGAAUCCCAGUCCGCACCCCGCGUCACCAUUGACAGGGACCGUGACAUGCUGAUCCAGAAAUCUGCAAAGAAGAAUAUAGCGCAGCCCCCGACUGAAGAGCUAGAGCCGGUUCCCGAGUUUGCACGGCCGUCGCCAGAGUGGCUCGAUGCGUUUGCAGUAUAUUUCCGGCGCCAGCGCAAAAUAUUUGUCGCACAGCUGCAAAGCGCAGCCGUGCCUGGAGAAUUCAAGCUCCCUGAUAAUGGAAGCCCCAAGGAGUGGAGGAACAUGUGCUAUUCGGCGGUCAAUAAUGGCGCAAACUCCAACACCAUGAUGCAUGCGCUAGCAUCGAUGAAUCAGGUCACGGUUGUCCGCUUGAUAAGGUUUUUCAUUUCAUGGAUAUCUGCCGACAGUCUGCGUCGUGCCGAGGGAGUCUGGCUCUGGUAUCUGCUCUUAAAACUCGACGAGCUCUUGGACCAUAGCGAUAUACACCUGUUGCGGGAGCUUUGUCGUAAACUGCGGGGCAUCCGGAUGCUAAUAGCGCUGAACCCUCAAAAAUCUGUAUUACCGCAUCGUGGCGACGAAAUUAGUGCUUUAAAUAUUCUAAUAGCGUCGGUUUCCAGGGGCUACAACCAGCGUGAUUUGGACUAGCUUGCUAGUGGGUUGGUAAAUACAGCAGCAUGGCCUGAGUAUAGAAAGGCCACAUACUAGUCCCUUUCCAAUGAAGCAGCGAGAUCGGAGGUAUAUUUCUUCACACUUCAUACUGUAUCUGAAUGCAGCAGAUUUUUUAACAUGAUACAAUGGCAGU